CAACAUGACAGUAAAUCACGCACUAUACAAAUCUAUUACGACUCGACACACUCAACAAAUUAUCUAUUAUUCCUUAUAUAUUUAGGACAGAGAUUCUUAUCUAUAAACAUUUAGUCACUAGGAAUAAAUCAGGAGAGAAAUUUAAAUCUAUGGAAAUACAAUGUUGCCAAGAAGUGUAGAUACGAUUGUUUUCUACCUGAAUACAUUUCUAACUGUUGCUACCUGUUAUAAGUGUUUACAGUGCGACGAUGUACCAUUGCCAAAUUUAUGCGACAAAGUUGGAGAAUGUGGGACACACGAGUUGUGUGCAGUUGAGCAAUAUAAUACUUCCGCCUGAAGCUUCAGAUACAGACAAAUAUGUAUGGAUAAGCAAAAAUGUGGAGAUUUCAGUGCCGGUUAUAAUGCGUUGACGUGUACAGAGUGUUGUCAUGGUGAUCUCUGUAAUGCAGGUGGAUGUGGAGAGAAAGGUUUUGACCCUGCACUUGGACCACUAUGCUACACGUGUCACCUUCAGAUUGGAACACGAAGUUGCAACAAAAUUCAGCAAUGUGGAAGAGAUAAGGAUUGCUCUAUUCAUCCGGUGACAAGACUUGGUGCAUCCAACAAUCUGUUUGAAACAAAAUGCACAGAAAGAAACAUAUGUGCUGCAAGCAAUAAGAUAGGUUCAUCUGCGAUUGUUGGCCGUAAAAGAUCUACAUGCAGCAUUUGCUGCAAUUCUACACUGUGCAAUGACUACGAUCCUCGGCUUUGCGUACCAACAACAACAAAAAUAGGAACCACGACAACAACUAAAAGUGUCACCACAGUGCUUGCUACACCUGAAGUGUGCGAAGAUGCUCCAAAUGUGCCAUGCCACGAAGGAGCCUGCAACGGUAGUCCAAAGGAUUAUAUGGAGAAACACUGUCGCAAAACAUGUAAAUUUUGCGGGAAGUCAACAUCAACAGUAAAAACCACACCUGUUGCAGCUUCAACUACCACGGCCGGCUCGACUGCAAGUCCAUCUACUGUUACUUCCCCAUCGUUAAGAAAAUCGACCAUGUCCACAACAAGCAGAUCAGGUCAUACACAUGAUCCUUCCUGCCUAGACGUUGGCGUUGGUUGUAACCAGUUUGUUCACUUUUGUAUACUAGAUGAAUACAAGACCUGGACAAAAACAAACUGUAGAAGGACGUGUAAUUAUUGUUAG